GUGAGGUGAUUCAAGUGGAAUGUGUUGAUCUGCUACGUCACUUUGUGGUCGGUAACAUCCGGAACAAAGCCGUGCGUGUGUUCCGUGCUUUUGUUAUUCAAGGACAUCAGCAUCCGAAUGAACCAAUACCUUUUGCCAUAGCGUCUAUGGCAAUGAAACUAGGUCCCUUUGAUUGGGCGUUAGGUGUAAUGGCCAUUUUGCUCGCCACCACCGACAAACCACUUGGAAGGGGUCUUCAGUCACGUAUCCGCUACACGGCCCAUGAUGCUCGUGGCCGAGAAGUUCUUGCUGUGCUAGAGAAGUGUGACUGGAGGCAUGAGCGUCUCCUUUCCGCUACUGAGCUUCAAGAACCUGAGAUUAACAGCAAAAACCAUAGCGGUAACGGCGGAGCUGCUGGUGCUACCUGGACAGAUCCCAAAAACAACCAGAGAGUAGAGCGGAGUGUUACAUGGUUGGGGGCGUUGCAUGUUGCACUGACGGAGAUGGGUGUGGAGCCUGGUGUCAUGGAGGCCUAUAAGAAUGCUCUUCUCCAGGCCAUUGAAAGGGCGAAGGAGCACCGCGGCAGUACGGAGACCAGUUAA